AUGGAUAGGAGAGGAACACGGAGGGAUACGACAGGAAGAUACGGUGGCGGUGCGUCACCCAUAGUUUCUGCCGCCGGUUGUAGCGUAUUGAUAGGAUUGGAUGUGAGAAAUGUGCUAAAUACUAGCAAUUGGGUCGAAAUAAUUAAUUUUCCUCUCGUUGGGCUCUUAGAAUCUGAGUUCAAAGAUCCAUUUCUUGACUCUUUCACGAGUUUAAUUGAUGAAUAUGGAAGGCACCAAGCUAGGCUUGCUAGAACCAUAUACGAAUCCAUGGCGAAAAACCUUGGUCUCGAUUCGAGACUAUCGAAAUCUUAUUUGUUGGAAUUGACUAGAUUUAUACGUGUUCAUCGGUACCCACAGAUCCCUAAAGGUAACCAAGCUUGGGGAGUUGGAGUUCAUACAAAUAGCACGGUUCUUUCGAUAUUGAAGCAAGACCAACUCGGAGGACUACAAGUUUUCAAAGAUAACAAAUGGAUCCAUGUUAAACCCAUAGCUGAUUCCCUCAUCAUCAACCUUCAUAGAGUAAAGGUGAAAAAGAAAGAGGACCGAAUCUCAAUAAAUUAUUUUGUGUUUCCACAAUUUGAUUGUACCAUUCAAAGUUCAAAGUACAAGCCUUUUACUUACAAAUCUUUUCAAGCACAAGCUCAAAAGGAAAUAGAGACCUUGGGAUUAAGGGUUGGCCUUGAUAAUUUCAAGCUAAAUGCUUAG